GGCUCUCCUAGCGCAGCGCAGCGCUGCCCUGUCCGUGGGUGCGGGGUUGAACUUUAAACGAACGACAUUCUCAUGCCCCAAAACGAUCACUUUCGCCCCCAAACUAAGCUCUGCCUUGCGUGUUGCGACUGGGCAAAGACCUUACCCUGUAGCGCUUCCGCUGUGUUUCGGUAACGGGGUGCGACUUGCUGUCUUGCAGGUGGCCGGUUAACAGGGGACGCGAUGAAAGAAGCAGAAAUAAGGAGGCUCUUGGCUGCCAACCUCCUCUGCGUUUUUUCAGUUAUUCUGACAGCGGUUCUGCCGGCUUUCUUCUGGGACGGAUUCACGGUUUUGGGAACACACCUCGCGUGGCUGUGUAUUUGUUCUGUUUGCGUUAGUACCUUUAAUGUAAUCUUGCACUUAGUCCUUAAACCAAAUCUGUCUCCCAAGAGAAGUUCAUUUGCUCACAAGAUAUCCAGAUUUCUAAAAUGCUGUAUAUACUUUUUCAUGUCUUGCAUACUAUUUCAUGCGAUUAUUGUUCUUUAUGGAGCACCUCUCAUAGAGUCAGUGACUGAGACGUUUUUAUUUGCGGUUCUCUUGUCUACCUUUACUACUUUACAAUGCUUGUGUACGCUGGGACCAAAUAUACAAGCAUGGAUACGGGUAUUUAGUAAAAAUGGAGCUACGUCCAUCUGGGAAAGCAGUCUACAGAUUACUACCAUGUGCAGUAUAUUUGGAGCUUGGUUUGGAGCAUUUCCUAUUCCUCUUGAUUGGGAUCGGCCUUGGCAGGUAUGGCCCAUUUCCUGUUCCCUCGGGGCUACCUUUGGCUAUGUGGCUGGUCUGAUUAUUGCACCUCUCUGGAUACACUGGAACUGGAAGCAGCUUACAUACAAAAGCAGAUAACUGGAGCAAAGAGAGACAAGGAACUUCAACUUGCUGGCUUCUGCAUAGUUUUCUAGAAGUGGAAGUCCCUGAAUUUUCUCUAUGAGACUUCCUAUUUUAGCAUCUGUAACAACAGAAAAUGGAUUCAACUGAUGGCAAGCACGGUUUCACUUAAACACCUCAUACCAGUUGCUUAUCCGUGAUGGAGCUCCUAAGAAGUGGCAGAGUAACUUCCAUGGACAAGCCCUUUCUCCCCUUAUCCAUGAGAAAUCACAAGGCUGCACUGCGUUCCGGCGCCGGUUCCCUUCCCACCCUCAGUGACCUUAUGAACAGCACUCUUCCCACACAGGAUUUCCACUUUCUCCAGGAAAGGAAUUCACCCCAGUUUUGGUGACUGCAGCCACAAACAGUCAGAAUUUUCCAUUCUUUCACAUAUGGGCAAUCAAAGGAAAAAAAUAAAGUUCACCCUGGCACAAGGGACCUGGUCGGAUCCUCUGCAGAACCUGCUCUUUGGGAAGGCGGGUUCUUUCACUUUAUUUUUACAGAAGAAUAUGACCGUCCAUAAAUCUGUUCUCACAGGGAAAACAGACUAUGGAAUACAGAUGGUUUAAUAUAGCUAUCCAUAUCAUAUCAGACAUGUCUUUUCAUUUACUAACUAUAUAAAUCCUGCCCAGACAAGAAAGACUGAUCAGUUAAGUGUCUCAUUCCCUUUCAUUUUUUACAAAUAAACCCCAAAGGCACGUUCUUCAGUCCAGUUUUGAGCAACAGCUUUGUAAGAUAGAAGACUCAGCCUUCACGCUGACUCCUCAACAUUAAUUCCCAUCGCGCAACUUCCCAGAAGACGAAGUGCCAGAGUACUGGUGCCAUCAUGUGCACAUUGACUAAACACAUCACAGUGAAAGUUUCUGGAAUUAAAGGAGUUCCUAAGAGUCUUCUGCACCUCAUUUUCUGUCAAGUCCCGAUUUGGCAAGGCUAACAGCUUCCAUUGAAGAACGUGGUAAAACACUCAAUGAUUUCACUGCAGCAGAUGUUAAGGGCCUACGUUUUUUCUUUCUUAAGUGAGGAAUAUGUAAUCCAUCUCACUGCCCCUGGCUGGGCUAUCUGUUGGUCGUAACUAGUGAUGGAGCCCAGGUCACGCCUGGCAUCUACCCCUUAUUGACUCCGCCACUGCAUCCCAACUGGAAAUCAGACCCACAAGGAACCAGCUUUAAGUCCUACAGAUGAUCUUCUAGCAUUCACGGCUACAUCUAAUUUGGAGCGUAAGCUGCCCGAGGCACCUUCAGUCUGUGUUUUAUUCAUCUGAAGCAGUAAGCUCACCUAGGAUACUGACAGAUGUUCCUUUGCUCUGGAGAGUAACACUGCCACCUGCAUUUUUAUACACACGCUGGCGAGCGCCAGCCAUCGCAAAGAAUUAUUGCACACGUGCCACAACAGGGAUGCAGCAGAGAGCAGGAUUACAACAGACCGAGGACAGGAGCCACGAACGCGUCAAAUGACACGACCUCCUCAGAACCGCUCGAAGUGUCACGUACUGUUCAGACACGUUCGUUUUUAACACAAAUCAUCCAGUCACCAGUCCAAACCAAUAGACUGCUUAUAAAACCACAGAACGGAGCGGUAAAAAGAUAUGGUUCCCCUCUUCUCUGCCCUCAUUUUGCGUUUCAUCUAAUUAGAGGAGGGGCAGUUUUGUUAGAAAUAUAACUGCUGAUUUGGAGGUUUAAAAAAAAAGUCCUGAAGCUCUGUCCCAAAGCAUCCAUUU